UAUAUGGUAGCUGCACAAAACUAUUGACUUCACAGUGGGUUUUUGACGUAAUGUAGUGUAUGUGCAGUCUGGAAGUCACUUGACACGGUGCAAGAUACUAUACGGUACUUGUUUCCACUUGGGUGCUCGAUACAGUAGUCACCAGUGUUGGCUGCCGCUGCAUUUUUGUGGUAUUUUCCCGGGCUCUUGUGAAAUAACACGGGUCCAUUUCACAGUGAGCUUUUAUCGACACCAGUACGUAAGCAGUUUCCUUUCUGAGCCACAGAUUUCAUUUCUUUGGAACGUGUGCUCAAAUAAACAUACGCACGUGUCUAAACAAAUCAUUGCCUGAUUUACAACUUUGGGUGGAAAUUACUGAAAUUAUUGGAGAAGAGAGUUCGGGCACUUUCGUAAAGUCACGUGUGUGUCUACAAGUUGUUAAACAAUAUAUUUUUUAGUGUCCCAACCCAGAACUUUGGACUUGAAGUUACGCUGAGGCAAGAAUAACUUUAAGACCUCCUAUUCUCAGGACAAACUAAGCACAGGAGUGCUUUGAGGAAAUCAUAUUUCGAAGUUAGAGUGCAUAGACGGCCUACCUCAGCAUCAUUGGACAACAAUGUGUAUUGUUCAACGGAUAGAGUCAACUAACUUGCGUAUGCUGUAAACGCACCAAGCACAGACCACGCGGGGUACAAGGCAAACUGUUUACACAGGAAUGUCUGUCAGUUAGCUGCCGAGAAUCAACGUUCUUCUCUGCAACUCUAACCAUUCCCAGUUGUGGUAUCUGCAACUCUUUCAUCAAAUCCUUAGACUGCUGUAUGUUUGUAUUCCACGCCAGUAUUAAGAACCACCCACUCACUGCCACAGCAGGCCGUGUUGUGAAUCAACGCUCACCGUACACCGUACUAUUGUGCCCGUGGACGGGCUAGACCACCGUGCUUUGACCACGGCUCCACCGGCACAAACGACGCGCAGCACGGUCGCCGUCAGCAUGGUGCAGAUGUGCGCCGGCUGUAAAGGUCCUAUCCUUGAUAGAUUUCUCCUCAAUGUGUUGGACAGACCAUGGCACGUCAAGUGCGUACAUUGCUGUGAAUGCAAAUCUAGACUGUCGGAGAAAUGUUUCUCAAGAGAAGGAAAACUCUUCUGUAAAGCUGAUUUCUUUAGAACGUAUGGCACAAAGUGUGCGGGGUGUUCAUUAGGAAUUCUACCCAGUGAUUUGGUGCGUCGAGCUCGCAAUAAAGUAUUCCAUCUUAACUGCUUCACAUGUAUGAUCUGUCGGAAACAGCUCUCAACUGGUGAAGAACUUUAUGUAGUCGACGAAAACCAGUUCAUUUGUAAAGAAGAUUACAUGAAUAAAACAUACGGUAAAGGUCCAGUGCCUGAUAUUAUGGAUUCAUACGGCGGACUUACACCGUGUGACACCAGUUUGACGGGUAGCCAGGACGAUUGUUCUACGGGGGACAUUUCCGGUAGUGAAGACCUUAUGGAUGCCGACAUGCCGGAACCCUCACCGGCCCCAUCCAACGCCCCUACAGAGGAUGGUGAGAGGACCAAAGAAUCAAACAAUAAUGACGGUAUUAAGAUCGAAAGAGACCGAGAUAGUGAAGGUGGGACAGGGGGUUCAACAGGAGGGGUGUCUGGUGCUAAGAGGAGGGGUCCAAGGACCACCAUUAAAGCUAAGCAGCUUGAGACUUUAAAGGCUGCCUUUGCGGCCACACCCAAGCCCACAAGACACAUACGAGAACAACUCGCUCAGGAGACGGGCCUUAACAUGAGAGUCAUUCAGGUUUGGUUUCAAAAUCGGAGAUCGAAAGAGAGAAGAAUGAAACAACUCAGCGCGCUAGGUGCAAGACGUCAUCACUUCUUUCGAAACCCAAGGCGCAUGCGCCCACUUCGAGGUCCGUAUGACGUAGAGAAUAACCCGGAUGUUAUGGGGAGUCCGCCAUUUAAUUACGACCACGACGGGGCACCAGGCGACUAUUACACACAAGGUUAUUAUGAUUUUUUCCCUGGUCACCAGCCGCCACCAGAUCACCAAGGUGAGCCAUUGGCCUACAUGGGUACCCAAGUCGCACAGCACAACCCACUUACAAGCCUGGAGCAACCCCUUCAUCAGAACAUGUCUGGCCUACCGCCAGAGGGAGCCCAGCAGUUUGGUAUUCCACACCCUAAGGAUAUGAGCCCGAGCCCAGAGCCACCUAUGACAAUGACACACAAUGGAGAAGGAUACCGGCAUAGUGACGGUAGAUUCAUCGUCACUAGAGCAGGAUUGCCUCAUGGAGGACCUUUGAAUGGGUACGGUAGAGGUAUGACACAAGAACUUGUCGGUGAGGUAUGGUGACGAUAGCCUCAUGUCAUGAGAAUAGACUGCCAUUAUAUAGAACUAAGAGGUUCCAGUGGUUCAGUGAGUUAUUACACUAAACACCGUACCAAAGAUGAAAGCCCGUAUUGGAGACCUCAAGGAAACAUCAUCACUACAUGAGGCACUGAAACUGAAUGCAUUUCCACUGGAGGCACUCUGUGUGAUCCUCAUGUUAACCCCGAAUAUCCUGCCUCGUUCAACUUGAAUCUUACCUCAAUGUCAUAAUGGAAUGAUCCAUUUCACAUCAGCUAUAAUUAUUCACACAUUGGAAAUCCAAACUGAGGUAUAUUCGACUUAACUAUCAGUCGCUUGCAGCCAGACACCAAAGGUUUUAAUUAAUGUAUGGAAUCUCUUCACAGGCUACCAUGGAAUGAUACCAGUGACUUUAAGAGACAUGCAGCAAUCUUGAAUUGAACCGUGAAGGGAAGUUGAGGUACCACCGGGGAAGCCUCACUCACAAUAAGGCACCUUAAGGUUGACUCACAAUGAGGCACAAUAAGGUUUACUCACGGUGAGGCAUCAUACGGUUUGGUUUACUCACGGUGAGACACCUUAACGUUAACUCGAGAUGGGGCACAUUAAGGUUUGGUUUACUCACGGUGAGGCACCUUAAGGUUUACUCACGGUGAGGUAUCAUAAGGUUGACUCACGAUGAGGCACAAAAAAUUUUACUCACGGUGAGGCAUCAUAAGGUUGACUCACGGUGAGGCAUCAAAAGGUUUACUCACGGUGAGGCAUCAUAAGGUUGACUCACGGUGAGGCACCUUAAGGUUUACUCACGGUGAGGCAUCAAAAGGUUUACUCACGGUGAGGCACCUUAAGGUUUACUCACGGUGAGGUAUCAUAAGGUUGACUCACGGUGAGGCACCUUAAGGUUUACUCACGGUGAGGUAUCAUAAGGUUGACUCACGGUGAGGCACCUUAAGGUUUACUCACGGUGAGGCAUCAUAAGGUUGACUCACGGUGAGGUAUCAAAAGGUUUACUCACGGUGAGGUAUCAUAAGGUUGACUCACGGUGAGGCAUCAAAAGGUUUACUCACGGUGAGGCAUCAUAAGGUUUUUGAGGCACCAUUAAGUUAUUUCGUGACAUAUUUCGCCAUCAGCGGCAUUUUGAAGUUGUAAUGUAUUAUUUAUUUUCGUCUAACUUAUCUGAAUAUUUGGUGGUGUAUCAAACAUUCCCGCCAAAACUUAGUGUUGGUCUCAAAGAAACUUGCGUUUAUUUCUUUGAGAAUCACUUUGAUUGACGUUAUGCCUUCUAUUUUCACUCAGCACAGUGCCACUUUAUAUUUACAACAACCGUUUCAAUAUUUUGUCUUGUUUUCUUGUUGCUCACUUCACUUUUUUUAAUAGUCCAAAUAUUGUAUAUAUUUGUCUCUUUGAAAUACCACGCAACUCAUUUGUAUAGAAGGGAGGCAAAGACAGGCAAACUAAACCUUCAAGAUGUCUACCGUCUCAAUGACAAGACCACUGAUUUCCCUGUUGCAUCCCCCACCUAGCCCCUCCCCUCUCCCACUACUUUGAGAAUGUAACUUUUUAAAGUUGUUAUAAAUUAUUCCAGUGUGAACCAAUUUUGGACCAAAUUUUACUAAGAAUCAGCAGAUCGUUUGCGUUGUCUAUAUGCAAUCAUUCCUUUUUGUUAUGUGGUUUUCAGAACCAUUCAUUCUAUUGUACGGAUGCGAUUGUUUGGUACAUGACUUAUUGCAACAUUUUAGACCAGGUGCAACUCCAUUCUGUAUCAGAGCACGAUACAUAAAGAGCUAAUGUCGUCUUUAGGGAAUAACUUGAAUUUUUAUAAAAGGUAAUGAGUGAUUACCAUGUGUAUUUUAAAAGGGGCAAUUAGGAUAUGCAAAUGAGUAUUCCGUUUUUGACUCGUCACAAUUCAAUUACCAAAAAGUGCAACGGACGAACGGUCUUUAGACAUUCAGUCUAAUUCUUAAUUCGUUUAAAUAAGAAUAGCGAAUAAUGGUUUAUGAAUCAACAAUGGCUUUGUGUUGAUUGAUGAGUGUUUCAAUUCAGCUAGGUCAAAGUAAGAACUAAAUGUCAGUGAAAGGUGUCUCGGAUAUGACAGCAUUUCAGACACAAAAUAGUUUCCAUUACAUGUCAUUUGUUGUUUUUUUAAGAAAGAACAAAAUUCAUAUUAAAAUCAUGCGCUUGCUUUUCGAGCAUGACCGCUGCCAAACAAUUUCUCUGAGAGAGCGAUCUAUUUGU